AUGGAUCGCUCCGACAAGAGCUGCAACCCCGCUGCCGAUCUCACCGACGACCUUGUCGUUGAGAUCCUCUCGAGGCUGCCGGUCAAAUCUGUCUGCCGUUUCAAGUGCGUCUCAUGGCACUGGCGCGGCCUCAUCACCCACCGGGACCACCGCAAGAAGCUCCCUCAGUCCCUCUCGGGUUUCUUCCGCGGAAUCACACCACGGCUCGGCGACAUGUUAACUGUUUCCGAUUUUGUCAGCAUUUCAGGAGCGGAAGAACAGCCUGUUUCUGAUCCGUCACUGUCUUUCCUGAUCGGCUACACAACCAUUGUACCUAAGGACUGCUGCAACGGCCUACUCUUCCUUCACUGCCGGAAGGUUUCUCCAAGUCCCAAAUAUGAAUUCGAUUACGUGGUGUGCAAUCCAGCGACCGAGAAAUGGCUAAUCUUGCCCUCUUCUGACCGGAAGACCCAGGUCUACGUAAGUCGCUUGGGUUUCGAUCCAGCAGUUUCCUCCCAUUUCCAUCUAUUCUCAAUGCUAGAGGAUGUGGAAGGGUACAUCACCGGAGUAGAUAUAUACUCGUCAAAAGUGGGAUCUUGGAGUCACAGUGAAAAUGGUUGGGGCGAUGAUGUUGCAUUGUAUGAAAGAAGCGUCUUUCUCAAUGGCAUGCUGCAUUUCAUCUCUCUUGAUUCAACAAUAGUUGCUGUGGACAGGGAGGGCAAGUCAUGGAGGACUAUUCCUUUGUUGGACACUAUGGGUGCUGAAAAUAUUUGGAAUUUGAAUGCUGCUUUCAUUGGUCAGUCUCAGGGUCGGUUGCAUUAUCUGAAUGUCAGGGAAAGAGAUGCCUCUACACUCUCAGUCUGGAUCCUGGAGAACUACCAGAGCGGUGAAUGGAACUUUAAGUACAACAUUAGCACUUCCCAGCUUCUCGGACAUAAGGGUUUGAUAAAUGGAGGACAAUACACUUUGAUUGCAAUUCACCCAGAAUGCAGUUUGAUUUUCUAUAUUAUGCGUGGUGGGGAUGUGCUAAUGUCAUAUGACAUGGAUCAUGGGGAGGUUCGUCCUAUCUGUAGCCUCAGGAUAAAAUUAUAUGGGUCAUGUCCAUAUCUUCCAUAUGUUCCCUUGUUCACGCAAUCAUUGGCUAAUCAUGACUACAUAUGA